ACGUAGCUUUAGUAGUGGGGAGAGUGGCGAGUGCGGCGGCCCACCUUGAGUGGGCAGGUUCAGCGGUUUAUCCCGUCCGCGCCUCCGCGCUCCGCGCGCCGCACUCGAUCCUCUCGCGCCAGUCGAGCGCGCGCUUACGCACCAUCAUGGCCGGUACAGCGUGGCGAUGUGUGUGUUUGACAUUGUUUAUUGUGACGGCGGAGGCCGUUCUCUCGGGGUUGUACAUCGACAACGGGAUCGAUCAGACCGUGAUCCAACAUGCGAUGACGCGGGACGAGCGGAUGGUGGUGGAGCAUGAGAUCCUGGAUCUGCUGGGUCUGGGCGAGCGGCCGCGGCGUACGCGCGCUGCGGCGCUCGACCGCUCGGCGCCCAGCUUCCUACUGGACGUGUACAAGCAGCUAGCUGAAGAGCACGAGCAAGCGCGCCCCACGCGGAGCUCUGAGAUGGCUCUCAGCGCCGACGAACAUCAUGCCAUAGACGAAAGCGAUCUCAUAAUGACGUUCCAGAGUAAAAAGCAUCAUUUGGGCGCGCUGCGGCAUGAGCACGGUCGGCACGUGUGGUUCGAGGUGGCGGGCGCGCCGCCGUCCGCCGCGCUGCUCUCCGCCGAGCUGCGCUUACACCAAGCUCCGUCGCACACCGACGACCCCACAGCUCUGUACACAGUCGUCGCGCAUCGGGUCAUCAGCGUUAACAGCUUGGGAAAUCUACAGUUAGAGAAGGUAGCGGCAGUGAACACAAGCGCUUCGUCAGAGGGCUGGUUAGAACUGAACGUAACGGACGCGCUCAGCACGUGGUUAACCGCGCCCGCCGACAAUAGAGGGUUUUUCAUUACCAUUCACCCGCACUCACAGCCAGAACGUCACAUGAAACCAGAGGAAAUCGGGUUAGAGGAGCCUCGAGGAGCUAUCGUGGAGGGCAAGCAGCCCUUCCUCGUGGCUUUCUUUAAGAGCGGGCCGAAGUUGAGCGCUGCAGACGCCAGCGGCCGACGGAAGCGCGAGGCGCGGCGGUGGCGGAAUACGGGCUCUUCAGAGAAUUAUCUGAGAAACCCACUCACAGACACAUCACACUGGACAACUCGAAGUUGUGAAAUUCAAACUCUGUACGUCAGUUUCAAGGAUUUAGAAUGGCAGGAUUGGAUUAUAGCACCCGAUGGUUACGGUGCUUUCUAUUGCAGUGGAGAGUGCAAUUUUCCCCUAAACGCACAUAAAAACGCCACCAACCACGCCAUAGUGCAGACAUUAGUACACCUGUUGAAUCCCACACAGGUGCCGAAACCGUCGUGUGCGCCGAUCAAGCUUUCGCCUAUAUCUGUUCUGUACUACACGGACGACGCCAACGUGAUUCUUCGCAAGUACAAGAACAUGGUCGUAAAGAGUUGCGGCUGCCAUUAAAACUUUUUGAAAAAUGUGUUGCGCAUAUAACAUUUUCUUAAUGUCUAGCGCUCUUUUAACAAGUCCGGUGUAUGGCGACGUUCAAAAGGUCCAAAGUACCUAUAGUCAUAGUCAAUCAGAAACGCUUUUUAUCUUCAUUAGUUCUUUAUGUUGUAUUAGAGGCAAAUUCGACUUACUGUAAUGACAUGGAGCAAUGUUGCUAUUAAGACGAAAGUGGAGGACCCGCGCGAAAUCACCUUUUCAUACAAACGUAGUCCUUAUUUUCCUGUCUGAAUAUUAACAUUAAUGAAAAUAUUUUGUCACUUUUUGUUUUAUAUACAUAACACUUUUUGUUGUGUUGUAGGGGCAUAAGUAUCGUUUAUAUCAAACACAACUGUGCCACUACGUUUGAUUUUUAUCGAUUUUUAGGGUUCCGUACCUCGAUAGGAAAAAAAACGGAACCCUUAUACUCCUUAUAGGAUCACUUUGUUGUCCGUCCGUCCAUCUGUCUGUCAAGACCCAUUUUCUCAGGAACGCGUGGAGGUAUCAAGCUGGAAUUUAUAUCAAAUACUCAGGUCUACUGUUCCGUGGAGCUGUGAAAAAUCAAACUUCUAAGCCAACGCAAUCAAAAGAUACAGUCGUUUAUGCCGCAAACUUUUCGACACUCGCAAGGGAAUCAAAACCUACAUGGUACGAGUAGAGGUACUUCCCGUGAACGCAGAAUCUUCAAAUUUGGUAGGAAGCAACGUCUUAUAGCACAGAUAUAUAUAUUACGAAGUCUGUUUUUCGCUCCUAUUUUUUACAAUAAUAAAAAUAAUAUAAAAAAUUUAACUUAGGGCGUAGCUAUGGUUAAUAUACAUUAAAUUAUGUAAUAAUAUUUUCCAUUGUGUCAUUAUCCAGAGAGGAAAAUGGGGACUACGUUUGUAGGGAGAAACGGCCGUCUCUUUUCCUCUUAAUCGAACAAGCCUGAUUUUUUAAAAUUGAAAUCUUAUAAGUUUGUCAGACAGCUUUGUCUCUUCACAUGAGUGUUGGACUUAAUAUAACGUUCUUUUUCUGGAUGUGUAGACAUGUCGACGCAUAUCAAAAUUAUCUAGUAUCACCUACUUACCUAAUGUCAUAAUAGUAGUCUAGUAACAACGGACGCUCUACUACGGACAUGAUUUUCACACUUCGUCAACUCCAAGAGAAGUGUCGUGAGCAGAACACACCCCUAAUGAUCGCUUUUGUAGACCUGAACAAGGCUUUCGAUACGUUCAGUAGGGAGGGGCUUUACGCUGCACUUGAGAAAAUUGGAUGGAACCGAAGCUUCUGAACUUGGUGAAAUCUUUUCACGACGGAAUGAAGGGCUCAGUUGUAUUUAAUGGUCAAGGGCCCGACGCGUUUGAAAUGAGGAGAGGAGUUCGUCAAGGCUGCGUCUUAGCACCAACACUAUUCGUCAUAUUUUUCUCCCUGUUGCUAAAAGUUGCCUUUGGCGACACGCAUCGGAGUUCAUCUACACACGAGAGCAGACGGAAAAUUGUUCAAUGUCAAACACUUAAAAUCUCGUUGUAUUCGCGUUGACCUAUUUAUCGACAGUCUGCUUUUCGCCGACGACGCAGCCUUCGUAGCUAAAACACCACACGAGCUCCAAAAUCUGAUAGACAAAUUUGCCUACGCGUGUUGCCUGUUCUCCAUGUCUAUCAAAUACGAAGAAGACCGUAAUACUAGCGCAAGGGUACACUGUCAUCUCAUCAAUUCUCCGGGAGAGUGUACCCUUAGAGGUGGUCGACAAGUUCUGUUACUUAGGGUCCACCGUGUCGAGCAACCUCUCCAUUGACGGUGAGGUCGACCUUCGGCAGGGCGGCCACGGACGCAUUGGACGGCCCUUGCUGCGUUUUAAAGACUGCGUGAAACGCGACAUGGUCUCUUUUGACAUCGAUAGGGACACUUGGGAGGAUCUCGCGUCAGAUCGUGAUGGAUGGAGGGGUGCCAUCGCGAAAGGUCGCGAUAUUCACGACAACGCGUGGUUCCAAGACCUUACCCGAAAACGCGCGAAGAAGCACAACCCACCUGAAGUUGUUGCCGACAUGGCUCCCUCCUUUAGCUGUCACAAAUGUGGUCGCAACUGUCGUUCCCGCAUUGGCUUAUACAGCCACGAGAGACGUUGUCCCUCACAUACAAACGCUGCAUAAAAUCAUCUGUCAAGAUGGUGGCCAUAAGGCCAUGGCCAUAAGGCCUUCACAGACACAAAAGUCAUAAGACACAAAAGUAAAUAGCGGCGGCGCGCGCCGGAGCAGAGAGUUCGCUCAGUACAAAGUGCCAUUUUCGCCGCACGCACACAGACGUGACAUUUACGCACACAGACGUCACAUUUACAUGCGUUAUCGGGCACUCUCGGGCAGAGCUUAGUCGGGCUGUGCGCGCUUUGCUCACUUGACGUCCCCGCCACUACGUAGGUACCUACUGUCAUGUACGUCUAAAUGCAGUCUCUAAGGAAUGUAAACAUGAUAAGAUGUAUGUAUAAACGAAUCGAUGUAUGUAUGUCUGUAAACUUAUAUUACCUACUCCUUUUUAAAAUUCGAAAUUAAUACAGAAGCAACCCUAGUGAGUCGGGCAAGUUUAGGUAUAUAUUUUCAAGAACGGCGGGAACGGACCUUCUGUUUAUUUUUUAUUUUGUGCUUAUGAUGAGUCAAGUAACAAAGUAAAGUCAAAUGUGCAGUGCAAAGUUUACUUUUCGCCGUUAUUACAAAUUUAACAGUUAUUUCUGCUAUAGUGACGUCACUCACGAGAAGUGGUCGGCGUUUUCGGUCACGUGACAUACAGAUAAUAAAACUGCGAUUAAAUGUUGUGAUAAUUUGAUGAUGUUGACUAGCUGGUCUAAGAUACGUUAUAUGGAAUAUUUACCCUCAUCUGUUAUUUAAUUGUGAUAAGAAAUAAAUGAUAGAUAAUAUUCUUAUUUACAAAAGUCAAAAACAUUUAUUUGUCCAACAUAAGUAAGUAUAUAUAUACAUCAGUACAGGUCCCAUAUACAUCAUCAUUAUAUCAUUAUAUAAAAAAAAUCAUUUAUACACAUUGCAAAUAGGUUGCCUAGUUGAAUUGCAUACGGCCAUAUUUUUUGCUUUUUUCGUUAUAAAUCGUGUAUUGUGUCAAAUGAAUGCUUAUUUUUUAUCUACCUGUGCCUGAUAGGCUGCCUAAACUUGAGUAAUUUUGUUAUAAUGUGCGACACAUAUGCAGAAACAAAAAUGUCUUAACUACUAACUACUUAAGGGUACGGUGGUACUCAAUGAAUAUACCGUGGUAGAAAUCAGAAGUAUUUACAGUUAGGCUUAUAGAGACUUAAAAUAUGCAUGGAUGAUAGUAUCCUACAGGGUAUGAUGAUAGCGUAAUUAUAGUGCCAAAUGACCUUCAUGCCCUAAAUUCAACUUUUAACUUUAAUCUCUUAAUAGUAAUUAGGUGAUAUGGUAAGUUGAUAAAACUUAGUUACGUGCCAACCAAUUGAAGUCAUUUAUUUAAUAAUGUUUAAGGGUAGCUCCUAUGUAGCAGUAAGUUAAUUUUAUUUUUCAUGGAUUUGCAAUAAAAUGUGUUCCGGAAA